AUGUUAUACCCGCGGCCCUUUACGGUUUCCUGUCUUCUGUGGCUUUCCUUGUCAUAUGCAUUCAAUCACCUGGCAGCAGCUGCCGCUCCAUCUGUCUCGAGCCCAGGAUGCGUACCUAGUGGAGCACUGCUGCCUCGUCCAACAGACCUGGGCCAGUCACAGUACAUCAAGGAUGCUACCAAGAGCCUUUCUCAAUCUCUGGAUGAUGCAGUCUCAGGGAAAAUAAAAGCUGGCUGGGAUGUUGCCAAUACGUCGUUCUCAGUUGCGCUCGUCUCGCCCAACGGCGGCGACCCAAGGACCGGCAUUCUCUGGGAAUACCAUCAUCUUGGGGAGAAGAACGUCAACGGCACCAAGCAUCUUGAUGGUGACUCGCAAUAUCUGAUUGGGUCAGUGUCGAAAGUGUUCUCUGACUUGCUCCUCUUGAAGUCGAACGUGGACCUGCAUGACCCCGUCGCCAAAUACCUAUCGCAGCUCAAAAAUGAAUCUUCUCCAAUUGAUUGGGGCAAUAUCUCCCUUCUCUCUCUUUCAGAACAUCUAUCUGGGACUCCGGCUAAUACCAUCGGUGCGCUUCAAUUCUACUUUCUGCAACCCCUAUAUCUAGCACUAGGAUUUCCGCCUUUGAAUGGGAAUGAUUAUCCGUCAUGUGGAAUUGCGGACUUGAAUAAAGGCUGUACUCCUGAAGAACUUCUGAAUGGGCUUGCCUACUCCCACCCGGUUGCGGAGCCUUACGAACGGCCCAUUUACUCCCAACUGUCGUUCACUCUAUUUUGCCUGGCACUUGCCAAUAAUACCGGCAAAGAUUAUGCGCAGAUGCUAAAUGAGCAAGUCAUUAGCCCACUCGGUUUGAGAAAUACUGGUGUUUCUCCAGGAGAUGAUGAGCGUGCAGUUAUCCCUAAUAUUGAACAACAGGGAUGGGGUGCCGAAUAUGGGUAUAAUGCUCCUGGAGGCGGUCUAUAUUCCUCAUCGAACGACCUAUCUAUCCUUGUCACCAGAAUCCUUGAUUAUUCAAUCCUCCAAAGUCCCCAGAAGACUAAGAAAUGGCUCCAGCCGAGAUCCGCUACCGCUUCGCUUAAUACUCUCGUCGGCCAGCCCUGGGAAAUUUUACGAACCUCCAAUAUGACUCCUAAGUAUCCACAUACAAUUGAUAUCUAUGGAAAAAGCGGCGGUGCACCAGGUUACAUUUCUCAAGUAAAUGUCAUUGACCAAUAUGGAAUUGGAGUUGUCCUUUCAACUGCGGGGCCAUUGGAUUCUAAGGCUCCUUAUAUCAUCACUGAGGCCAUACUCAGUGCUGUUCUUCCUGCUGCUGAAGAUGAGGCUCGCAAACAGGCAGAAAAAUUCGUCGGUGAAUAUACUAAUCAUAAGAGCAACAACGCAGAGUCUGCAGACUAUGCACUUAUCACACUUAAAACAUCUAUUGAUAACGGCACAGGUAUCAGAUUGGACUCUCUUACACGCAAUAACUCCGAUAUCCUUGAAGGUAUACGCAAGAUCUGGUCUACCAGCCUUGCUAUAGUGGGUCAGCUCUCUCCGGAGAUGAGAGUAUAUCCCACUGGCAUCGAGAAAACUGUUACCACCGACAAUAGGAGCCUCCUUGAGCAGGAUUGGAGAAUUAAUUUUGACUUAUUACCAAAUGUUAAUGAGAAAGCAUCCGACCUUCCUGGAUUAGGGAGACUCGAGCCCCUUUGUACAUCAUGGCAGACCGUGGACUGGCUGUAUUAUGCCGGCGUACCAAUGGACAGAGUUGUAUUCACCAUUGAUAUGGAGACUGGCAAGGUUGUUGGUGUGGAUAUCCCGUUCCUUCGAAGCGGACUUAUUGAGAAGUCCAAGUGA